CUUCAUAAUGAAUAUUUAGCUGCAGAAAUCUACAUUCCUUCGGAUGAAAAUACCGUUGCAAAUAAAAAUGAUAUCACUUACGAUAGUCAAUGCCAGUUCCCUAGCGGCGACUUUUACAUAAAGUUGGAUGCUUCACCUCCACGCUCUCCAAGCUUGGUUGUUGAUAUUGAGAAUAGUUUUCUACGUGUAGGAACAAAAGUUAUUGUCGCCCAACAAAAGAGCGACGUUGAGCAUGAUAGCAAUCAACUUUGGCGUUAUGAAGAUGGUUUUCUGGUUAAUAAACAAACAGAUUUAUGUCUGGAAGCUGAGACUGUAAAAGCAAGAGGCCGUCUUAUCCUUCAUCAUAGAAGAAGUACGGCUCAAAUUAAUAAUCAAAAGUGGAUCCUUACCAGCGAAGGGCGUAUUGCAUUACAAUGUCAACCUAAAUUCGUGCUUAGAGCUAAACGCAAAAAUAUUGUGCUUGCUGAUAGUACUUCGAAAGGCUUCAAGAAUAUUCAAUUCAUUAUACAGCCAUUCCAUCCUGUGAAGAAAUGUAAUGGUGUGGUUAGAUUAGAAUUGGUUAGCGCUGAAGGCUUAAAAAAUGUUGAUAGUUUCCUCGCUGGACUAUCUGACCCUUAUGUCCGAAUACUUCACGCGGAUAAUAGUAAAGAUAUUAUCGCUCAAACUAAAGUCAUAGACAAUGACUUGAAUCCAGUGUGGAAUGAAGUUCACUAUCUACCUGUUAAAUAUAUUGGUGAAAAGUUCAUUUUGGAGGUGAUGGAUUUUAACACUAUUAUAAAACAUAGACCGCUUGGAAAUUGCCAAUUGGAUACUUGUGAACUUAUCAAAGAAGGCACUCCAAAUGGUAUUGACGUUUGGUCAAACCUUUCCAUUCAAGGUCAAAUUCAUUACAAAGCGAAAUUUUUCACUCUAGAACCUCUUCCAAAACCAACUCCCGAUUUUCUUGCCAAUAUUAAGGAGAAACCCUUUGGUCAUUCAAAACUUUGCGUUCUUAUCACACUACAAGCUCCAAAUGGUGGUAUUCCUCCUUCUGAUACAUUAGCCUAUCUAUUUGGUUUUGAAUUUCAGAAAGAUCUUUUAAAUUUAUACAAAUCUCAAUGCGGUGAAGAGCGUAAUUUCAAGAUUAAUCCUACCGUAUGGACCACUAGCAUGGUUUUGUGGUUUUUACAUUUCUUAUUAAAGGAUUAUAAAAGUGAAUGGGAUAGUUUUUGUGAGCGUGCUGAACAGUACAUCAGUAAAGAAAUUAACGAUAUUGCAAUAGAACGUACCGUGAUCGCUAUUGCUAAAAGGGCUGUCCAUGAACGAUUUAAAAUACCUAUAGCUAUAGCUAAAAAACCUAAAGUUAAAAGCUUUUUCGGUAGUAUUUAUAAAAAGGCUGCUAAACUUAGUGAUCAAAUCGAAAAUGCCCUUGCAUUUGAUAAAAACAAACAUGAUGACCAUGAGAAGGCUGAAGCUCUUAUUAUCGUUGGAGAAUCAGCCACUCCUGAAAAAUGCAAAGAAAUAGUAUCGGAUCAAAAAGACGAUGGUUCUAUUGAAUUGAGCGAUUCAGUCUGUAAUGAAUUAGAUGUUCCUAAAGAAGAAAUCAUUAAAACAAUUCAAAAGAAGAUUAAAAAUAAUAAACUUAAAUCACCCAAGCAUUCAUCAAGUCUUGGAACUGCAAUUAGUAUUUCAUACCUUAAGAAUGCUGCACCCCAGCAUGAAAGUUUAUGGAAAGAUAAAUAUGAUAAAGCCC